AUGGACCAGGAUACACAAGACCAGGACGACGUCUCAUCCUUUAUGUCAACGUCCUCACAAGAAGAACCAGAAGACUCUCUACCCCUCCUAUCCAGACCUGGUCUCUACUCACCCAAACCAGCUCUGAUCCUCCUCGCCCGAACCCCUCACCAGCUCCCCAAAACCUAUCCUUCCAUCAUAUCGAAGCUGCAGCGCGACGCCCACUUGAUCACAAUCCCAACAAUCUCAACCUCACACAACCCGAUCGAAACACUAACGACCCUCCUAACGAACCCAACCAUCACUCCGUCCAUUGCAGGAAUCAUCAUCGCUGACACCUCGAUCAUGGACGCUGAGGAUCCGUGUAUGGUCAAGUUGACAAAGACACUCCGAGACCUCAUUCAAACCCUUCCUUCUCGUCCUCAUUAUUCUCACCACAGCCAUUCCACCAACUCCAACAACAACAACCACAAUCCGACAACCCCGACCCUCCUCUUCGCCUUCGACUUCCCCGCCCAGGCAGCGUAUCGGCCCCUCCUCUUCCACAAAUACAUUUCAACGCACUUCAGCCUCCCAUGGCGGAUCUGCGGAGCAACAAUGGGCAAAGUCUCUCUCGAAAUCCAGGAGUCGGGCCUCACUAGGAUGGGCGGCAGAAUGUAUCGCGGACAGGGGUACUCGCUCCGCGCGGUGUUCCUGGAGGACGUGCCGGAGGAGGAUAAAGUGCUUGUCGUUGCGCGGGGUGCUAGUGUCGGGAAUGGCGGAUUAGGGAGGAGUGGACAGCCGGGUGUUGAGCCACUGGGGAUUGAGGAUGCAGAGAAGCACGGUGAAGGAGGUCAACUCACUGAAGGCUUGUUGGUCGGAGCUUGGAACCAAGGAGGAAAUGCAGGAAACGAGACGGAUAGUACGGCUGGAGAAGAAGGGGUGUUCGAGGUUAGUCGUGUUGAAGUUGGAGAGGGCACUGACUGGACUCUUGCGAGGCCUCGAUUCGAUGAGCACGGCGAGGCGUAUGACCUUACAGGUCCCGAACACGAAGAUACUCGCAUGGCCGAACAAGAACACUGCUGGGAGGAAUACGACUGGGCAGACGAUGAGCUGACGGACACCACGGACCUUGACUCCGAUGAGGAAGCAAGCUCUAGUUCUAGCAGCGACGACACAGACUCCGACACUGACAACACCGGCAUUCACAGCAACAGCGGACAACCAGGAAAGAGGGUCAUCUACAUCAACGCCCCUACUCACCGUUGUACAAACAUAAUCUCCUCCUCCUCCUCCUCCUCCUCCUCCUCCAACGAUCCCCAGACCCACCCCCAACCGACCCCUCAACCCGUUCCAAAACACCCACAGAGGAAACCCAAACCAACCCGCCUCGCAAACUGUCCCGUCGCAAUCCACGAGCUACAAUCCAGCACCACCUUCCAACAAGGCAGCAAGCGCGUGCGCGUGCGCGGCUUCGUUGGCUUCGUCGGCCACGUCGAGGAUAACCGGUCGAUGGCGAGCUUGAUGUUGGGUAUGUGUGCUGUGAGAAAUACCAGGCCGCUGCCGGAGGGUGUCAGAAGGGAUUUGGGGGUUUAUUUUGGGUAA